UACUGAGUGAGCUGUGAUUGGUCACAGCUUGUCACAUGGUACAAGGCUGUUAUGAAUAGCCUUGUACCAUAUGACCUCUGUGAUCAUUCACAGAUUUUACACGUAGUAAGCAAUGAUGUCACAAGUGACAUCUUGCUUACUACUUUGCAUGUGAUCACUGUUUGGCCAAUCAGUGAUCACAUGCCGUGCCGCCGAUGUCAAUCACCGGGUCCCGGCCUGUCAUUACCCGCCAGCAAACAGUGACACAGAGCACCGCUUAAAUUAAUAGUCCUCAGU